AGGAAAAAGCCCGCAGCCAUACCCAUUUUCCCCAAACUAGCACUCUAAAAAUGAGUCCCCUCACCAAUGUAUGUAAAAGCAAACGUCUCUGCUCUAGCUCUUUGCCGCACGGCGUGGUAUGGUUUAGAAGAUGAGCAGCCUUAUCCACAGCACAUACAUAGCGGCCUGUGAGUAGAACUACGCUUCCCCCCUAAGGUAGAUAAUGCAACCCCGCCUGUACAGUAAAUUGAGCUUCGUUCUUCUUUCCCCUCCCUGUUACCCCCGCCCGACAGCAGUUUGCAGUCGUAUUUCAUUUUUCGUCCCCUCCAUUCAAUAAAAAUAAACAACACUAGUAUAAUAUGAACACGACCUCGACUUCCGCCCCGGCCACGAUGACGGGCCCUCCGACGCUCGCUUCCACCACCCGAAACUCUUCGAAGCGGCAGCCCUUGACGCGCGUUUUUGACGACUUCGUGAACAACGAGUUCUUAAACGACCAACAAUUCGCGGAGCAGCUUCCGUCGGAGCUCGCGGGGAUGCUAGAAAUCAUGUCCGUCACACCCGAUUCCAUCCGCGGUACGAACGUCCAGCAGCAGUGGAUCCCGGUUGGAAAUUCCCCUCUGAACACGUCCGCCCACGCCUCCAGCCUGAACAGCAAGACGAGCCUGCUCGACCAAUCCCUGAUAGGGAAUAGCCGAUCGCCCAGUAGCAUGAUGCGCGGAGCUUCGCCCGGGGGUAGCAAUAGCAUCAAACCUCCAAAAAGAAAGCUUUCUCCGCAAUCCAAUCCAGGCCGAACCCUCGGCCCCAGCCAUCUGCGCAGACUCACCGCGAUGGACAUUCACUGCAUGAAUUUGUAUCUGCGCCAGAAGAUGCAGCAACUCCGCAACGCGGUCUUGAAGCAGGAGGAGAUCAACGCGAUGCAGCUCGUCGACAAGGAGCGGCAGCUGAUCGCGCGAGUGGAGGAGGAGGCGAAUAAAUUUCAACUGAACCUGCAGCAGCAAGCGACGGUGGACCGGGAGCAGGUGCUGCUGAUGGAGAGGAAACUCGCGGAAAAUGAAGUGGAGGUGAAGAAGGCGAAAAUGCAGACGGAAACCAUCAUCGUGGAGUUGGAGGAGUCCAAGCACAAAUUCGAAGAAGAGAAGCGGGAGAUAGAAGAGCAGAAUAAGAAGUUGCUCAGUUCGUGCGAAAAGGAGGCGAUGAAGGAACUGGAGAAGCUGAAGCAGCAGUUUUUUGACGAGGACGAAAAGCACAAGGAAAAAUUGAAGCAGUACUCCGUGAACGAACAGCAACUGCAGUCCAUGCUCGACAAAAUGGAAGCGGACAAGGCUUUCGCGGACAACCAAGCGAAGCGCAACAUCGAUUCGAUGAAAAACUUGAUUGGCCAGGACACCAGUGCGGAUUUCCAGUGCCAAAAAUACUUUUUCCUCCUCUGGCGGUUCGUGAUGGAGUGCCAGCAGCACGAGCAGACCACCGUCGCGUACCAGCGGUUAGUCGAGCUGAACAACAAGCGGGUGGCGAACCUGCAGAACAUGUUUUCUUCUUCUCUGGAUAGCGGGAAGGACCCGAAGGACUGCUCGGACUUUUUUCAAAGGUGGAAAAACUACACGCAGAAGCACGCGGGGGAACGCAGACAGCUGCGGUUGACGGAAAAACAGAACCAACAGGUGUUGGAGUUGAAAUUGGAGAAAAAGGAGAAGCAGGUCAAACUCGCGUUUUUCCAGUACAUGAGCCGGAAGUUGAAACUAUCGAAGUCGAGGCUGUUUGUGGAAAGGAACUACGACUUGAAGUGCGGGAAACUAUUGACAAACGUUCUCAACAAGUGGAGGCAAACCACCGUCGCGGAGAAGUACGCCCUGGAGAAAGCGAAUUUGAAGCAGACGAUUUUCGAAAAGCUUCAGAACAUUUUGCCGGAAGGCGGUUACGAGGCCUACCGCUAUUCCAUUCAAUCCUGGUGCUUCCAGGUGUGGAAGUUCAGCAACUGCGACGACGAGAAGCAAAGGGUGACGCAGUCGUGGCAGCACCUGGUGGCGCUGAACGAGAAAAAACUGGAAUCUUUGUCCGCGGUCUUCGCGACCACGGGCAAAGUGGACAUCGGGCAGUCGUUCAGAAGAUGGAGAAAUUACACGAGGGAAAACUGGCGGGAAAGGUCCAAAGCAAUGAUCCAGAUCGCGCAGAAACGGGUCAGCUACUCGCUCGUGUUUCACAACUGGAGAUUUGCGGUGGAACGGGAAAUGGAGGUACAAUGUGUUUUCUGUUUUUGUCAUGCGAACUACGCACAUUACAUUUUAGCUUUACAGAUCUUUCCCCCCUUCCCCCGUAGGUACCGAAGUCUUGGAAAUGAUUUGAUGUGAUGUAUCUAAUCUAUCAUGAGUCGACUGCUAUGUUGAUCUUCUUUCUCUUCCAAAACUAUACAAAAACUCGAACUAAACAAACUCCUAUAACAGCAAAUGAUCCAGAACCAGCGGAUAAAAGACUUGAAAGACCAGAACAAGCUGACGAUUUCCUCGAUGAUUGGUACCCACUCCGAGGCGUACGAGAAGUCUUUACUCGCGCAAUACUUCCAUUCCUGGCUGAAAGAGGUGCAGAAGCAGCUGAAGGAAGAUAACCAGAAAAAGCUCAUCAUGAAGACCGAACUGGCCAACAAUCGGCUGAAGGCGUUCCAGCAGAAGGGCCUGAACGGGGUCCAGCAGAUGCUGCUCUCCGGUUCCUUUCAGAUGUGGAAGGAAACCAUCAAGAACGACAAGCAGGCACAAAGUUUAUCCGCGCAACUGUCGGAAAAGACGAAAAUCCAGGAGUUCCUCGGCGAGUCCAUGAAAAAGAACGCGAAUCUGUUCAUGCUGCGGACCUGCUUCCACUUUUGGCACGCGUUGGAGGUGGAAGCGAAGAAGGAGCAGCGGGAGAAAGAGAAAAAACUAGGGGCGCAGGCGCUGGAAAACCGGCAAAGAUUGGCGUUCAAAUUCACGCAACAGUCCAACACGAGCCAAAUGCAGGUCAUGUUCACAAAUUGGUCGCGGUAUUUGAGCGAGGAAAAGCAAAAACGGGAAAAACUGGCGUUCAAGGAAAAAGUCGGGAAAAACAUGGCCACUGCGACAACAACCGGGCUGCUGUCGGAAUGCUUCAAGGCUUGGGUAAGGGAAAUGAAUGAUUUUUGUAUAGGAGUUUUGAACUAGCAAUAGCAUUUAGUUUUGAGGUGAGUUCCUACCUUCCUUGCUGAACUGAACAUUAUUUAAAGAUUUCGGGCAGAGGCUACAUUUUCAGCGAGCCAUUUCCAUUCAAAACGCAACUACAACAAAUUACAGUCCACCGACACCCGCGAGAUCGUCCAGACGCGUCGGCGCGAGCAGAUCGAGAAGGAGCACCAGGACAUGCUGGACGAGCAGAGGAAAAAGCGGGAGGAGCGGGCCGACGAGCAAAAGAGAAAAGCCGCCCUCAUAUCAAAUGUAAAAAUGUCUGGGUCUGGAAGAUUGCCAGGUUUGUCAUGCACAUUUUGCAUGACUCCUGAUACCUGUGACGCAUGCCCUAGCAUCACAGAUUUUGUGAGGGCUUCCUGAUGCCUAUACCGCAUGACAGAUGCUCUUUCCGUGUAGCAAAACUUGGACUCUCUUUGCUGCUCAUGCAAUACAGAUUUUUUUAGAAUCCAAAAUUAGCAUGACAAGUCGGAUUCUUCCAGACCCAGACAUUUUUACAGUUGAUACCUCAUGGUCGGGAACCAGUGCGACGCGUACAAUUCUGGCUUGAUCAAGCAGUGUUUCACGGGCUGGGCCUACUACAUCCAGAAAGUGGCGAAAUUCAAGUCGAAGUCGCAGACGAAAACGUCCCAGUUGAUGCAGCAGAACUUCCAACAGGGCUUAGUGCAUUCCGCGUUCAACGCGUGGAAGAUGUGGUACAAGAAGCAGAAAAACCUGAACAGCCGGGACUCCGCGGUUUCCAUGAUGCUGCAGACGCAGAAGUCGUACUUGACCAAGGAAGCAUUGGAAGCGUGGCGGAAGAUCACGGUGGCGGAGCGAACGAUCACGGAGAAGCAGGCGCUGCUGAUCAAGUACUCCGCGUCCUGCAAAAACAUGUGCGGGCACUUCAUGAAGAAGUACGACCAGGAGUUCGUUUUCCGCACCUGGAUCUGGGCGGUGAAGAGGAGAAAGCGGAACAACGUCCUGCGGCAGCAGUUGGAAACCAUCGGGACCUACAAGUCCGCCAUCGCCGCGUACAAGUGUUUUGUGCAUUGGAACCACCUGAUCCACGAGAAGAAACAGAACCAGGUCUCCUUGCAGAACAUGCAGAGCGAGAUUCUCUGCCAGAAGUUCCGCAGGGACUUGGGCCGGGUUUUGGGCCGCAAGUGGGAGGACUUGCAGGACGGGUUCGUGCAGGACUGUUUCAAGGAGUGGAAACGGACCUUCGAGGUGCGGAAACGACAGAAGAAGAUGCACUUGCACAUCAGCCGGCAGUUCGAGAACAACGAUAAGGAGUUCUUUUUGUACCCGAAGCUGAUCGCAUGGAAGCAGCUGACGCAGCAGAUGAAAAAGAUGCGGGACAAAUUAUUCAUCCUUGUUUCCCGCGACGAGCGGAGAACGAAGAGACAGUACUUAAGGGAAUGGCGCGCGCACUCGGUCGGGGUGUUCACCGAAAUAGUGCCAAGGAUAGAAAUGGCCUACAGAGAAGAGCUAAUACAAGGCGUGCCGGUAGGUGUAGGACCAGGUGGGGAUAGUCCGGGUCUCAGAGUGCCAGGAGGUGCACAAGGUGGGCCAAAUAGUCCUCCUGGAGCUCCUGCUGCGGAUAAUAGCCUCCGAACGAGGAAAUCUUCCGGCAGCAAUAUGAGAACUCCAAUGUCGACCACCGCCCCCAUUGCCAAUUUGGUUUCCAACUUAGACAGAGAGGACGACGAGCUCGCCGGUCCGGGUAGUUUUUUCCGGCGGAAGAGCCUGAGUCAGAACAUUAGUAAGGAGGAACGCGAAGAGAAGCGAAUCGUGCAACAAGAAAUCCGCGCGAGACGAAGCAGCAGGCAGACCGUCAGUGGUGGUCAGGGGUAUUAUGCGAACGGGCUGUUCUACGGGGAAAAUACCGGUGACGAUAGAGGUACAAGUAGUAGCUCCUUCUGUAGUGACCAGGACCAGGAGCUGCAAGACACUAGUUCUCUGCGGUUAGAAUCCGGAUUCAACGCGAGGUCGUCGAUAAGGAACGACAGAGCGCUGGGAGCCCCCGAAACAAGCUCGGACGAUUUCCACUCGGCAAACAGCGGGUUACUUGAACAGAUAGACUUGUCGGAAAAUAAAAGCGGCUUCAAAACUAACAGUACGAGGAACUUGAUUGAACGGUUUGAGACCGGGAAUUCGAGAACCUCUCUCAUAGGCGAUAACAGUAGAGUAAGGUCCACCUCCGCACGACAUCAAAUAGCUGAUGAAGAGGACAGUUUGGAGUACCAUUUGAACAGCAUAAACAGCCACGCGAUGUUGAGCAACAGUAUAAGGGCCGCGCCGACUCUUUUGGAAAGUAGGAGUCCAGGCAAUGGAAAUACCUCGAACGGCAAGCUUCUGAGCAUCAAAGGGCCAGAGCGCAAGAACUCGGUCCUGUUCUACCAGGAAGACGAUCGAGGUUUGGAAGAUUCCAGUGAAGAAAGACAGCAGCAAUUGUCGUUCAAUUACCUGGACAUAAACAGCUACAACAAUUCCUCUUCUUCCAGGCAACUAUCGAACAGAAACACCACUUCCCCCGGCGCACAACUAUCCAGAAACAACAACUCCCGCGCCGCGUCCAUCCGUCGCGCGUCCCUCGCGGGCCGGAACAGCCAGAACUCCCCGCUCGCGUUGCUCGACGGGAAAGUGGCGGUGACCCACGUCGCCUCGCGCUCCACCCUGAUGAUCCAGGCGUUCCAUCAGAAAAAGCACGAGACCGGCGUUUGGUUCUACCGCUGGGCCAUCAAAGUGCUGAAGUCAGGUCGGCAGGAGCGGCAGAAGCAGCUGGUGACGAAGUGGGGGAGUUAUCUGCAUAAGCUGUUCGAGAACAACCCCUGUCCGCAGUCCGCGAUUCCGCUCCACGGCCAGAAGUACGCCCUGCAGAACACGUUCUACCGGUGGCAACUGCUGGUGUUCCGAACGCGGGAAAACAAAGCAGUUUUCGAUCUGGAAACCACGGGGAUGCUGAAGGCUAUGAACUUUGCGGAGUACAAUCUGCAGCACCGGAUCCUCCACCUUUUCCAGACCGGAACCCUGAAGGCGCGGCACGAGAGGAAGGAAAAAGAGUUCCUCGAGGAGUGCCGGAAGGAGGAGGAGCUGAUCAAGCAAAAGGAGCAGCACCGCCUCGCGGCGGAGGAAAGACGGUUGAAAGAGGAGGAAAGACUAGCGCAGGAGCGGGUGAAACAGCAGGAGCAGGAGUUGAUUGAGAUGAAAGCGAUGGAGGAAGCCGCGGAUCUGCGGCGGAAGGCGGAGUUGGAGCUGGAAGAGAUGCGAAACCGCGAGCAGCACGCCGUACAGGAGCAGCGGCUGAAGGAGGUGCAAAAGCUGCUGAAGUUGAAAGAGGACGAGGUAUUGCAGGAGAUGUCGUUAGAUAAAUCUCUCCGACAGGAGGAGAUCAAUGGACGGAUCCGACUGAUGCGUGAGAAGAUUGAUUUGGACGACGAGGAACUACAGAGUCCGGUGUUUGCAGACGCGUAUAGCAAUUCCUUGAAGAACUCGCUGGGGAUUGUGGUGCAGCAAGGCCCGCCCGGGUCAAAUCGGUACAGGAUAUCGACGGGGAAUAAUAUUUUGGGAAAUAAUAUGAAUGCCGCAAGGUCGAUUUCCAGUCCCGCUGGGAGCUACAGGGGUGGAAAUACUACACGGAGUUCAAGAAGCGCCAGCCCGAAGCAGAACAAUUUUUACGGCAGUACCGGUGCGGGUGGGCGACGGUCGUCCGCGGGUGGAGCUGCAGACACAAGAGUUAUUUCGCAGGGCAGGGGUUCGUCGUCUCGCGGGCCUACAGGUAGUAGUUCUCGUGCUGCACCCGCAACUACCACAAGUAGAGAAACCGCAAGAAGUAGAGUGACGAGCCGCGAACAGCAAAACAGUCUACUUCCUCCCGGCCCAUCGCGCGGAAGACAAGGUAGUAAAAGAGGCGGAGGUUCAAGAACAUCUACUAUCUCUGCUCCGCGCGACCAGGAAUUAGUGGAUCUCGACUACAUCUACCAGAAGACGCCGAAGCAACUGAACCGGCCGGACGUGGAUGAGGUGUUUAUGCAGAAGCACUCGAUCGCGGAGUUGCGGCGGAACGAGGAGAUCAUCCAACUGCGAAAACAGGCGGACGAGGUGCUGCGCAUGAAGAAGCACGAAUUAGAUUUGGAAAAACAGAAGUUGAAACAGGAUUUAAGGGACCGGAUUCUCGAGCAGGAGACGGAGAACGAGAGAACGAAAUCCUCGGAGAGGGAUCGGUAUUUGUCCCUGUUGGAAAUGUGCGCCAGUGCGAAGUCCGCGAUCAGCACCAGCAGAAAGGAGGUGCGGCAGCUGCAACAGAGGGCAGACUUUUUGACCUCGGUGGCCGCUGCGGGGGAGGAACGCGAGCUGGAGGGAUCAUCUUCUUCAACACGGGGAAAGAACGAAAUAGAAGAAGAGUACAACUACCAGACGGGGCAGCUUCUUCCCUUAACACAGGCGUUACUCGACCAACCGACAGCGAGGAACAUGAGGCAGAACGAUGUGGAGCAAGAUGAGAACACUGGAUCCGGGACAGCCACGCAACACUCCUUCCUGACCGAGGAGCAGAAGCGUUUCCUAGAGACGCCCCUGAUGGAGACGAAUCUUUCUGACCUCCGACCGGUCUCGGUACUGACCAACAGCAGUUCGAAAGGGUCUUUGCUAGAUGGCGGUACUAACGCAACAGCAGCAACGUCCGGUAGGAGCGGAAGCUCCAACAACAAGCGGUCAGUCGCUUUUUCUCCGCCGGAAAGGGAAACUGGUUCAUCUCCUCUCUCCGACAGAAAUUUGAACAUCACUGCCGAGGAAAUCAGAACGGCUGUUGAGAUGAGAAACGUCGACAACAAUGCAGAAACUUUGCCAUCGAGCGCUAGUAGCACCAGCAACCGCAAGAAGUCCCUUACCCUAUCGACAGAGCGGCGCACUUCCGAGCUGAAUAUUGAUCCGAAAAAGAGGCUGAGCACGCAUUUCUCCACCGCGUCGCACAUCGAGCCGACGGCAACGGCCAAUGCCGAAUCGGAAGCGUCGAAAGCCGCCCGGGCCACCACGGCCGCGGAAGAACUGGCGAGAAUCCUUUCCCGACCGGUUCCAGCAACGUCUGAGCGGUUUGCGAUUCCGAAAAACCGGGCGAGCAUCACCUCGCCAACGACAACAAUCUCCGCCUCCUCGACUCCCCAGCCACAACAGCAGCAGUUUUCCAGUUCCCUACCACCGCGCGCUCGACACCUGUCUCUAUCUGCAGCAAACGGCAGUAGUAGUGCAUUGGCAGGAGGAGCUUCAUCAUCCAGAGCUUCCAGAGUGAACAAUGCUGCAGCAAGUCAGGCGACAGCGACCGCGAGUGCUGUGCAGAGAGAGGAAGAAGAUAGGCUGCAACAGAUGCGGACAGAUAGAAGUAAAAAGGGGGACUUGACCAUACUGGAAAAGACCCGAAUAGUGGAACGGGAAAAGAUGGCGGAGAAGGGGAAGGAAAUCUUUCAGAAAAGGUUUAAGAAAUAGGCCAAAAUAAAGCCUGUAGAAGGACAAGAAAUAUGAAAUUAAAACCGUAAAAUUGCAAGCGUUUUUUUUGAAAUUGAAAAUGAAAUUCGAAAUACGACUCUCUUUUUUGUACCUACGUUGUACACUGCAAUGUAACAGGAACACUAGUUGUAGUGACCCUGUACACGACGUUUCUGUACAUAAGCAUGAGCCUUUAUCUACUUCUGGCUCUCCUGUACAGUACAAAGUAAAAAAAUCUUGACCUACGUGCAAUUUCCAAUUCUAUACAGUAAUCCAUCUACACUACGACAAGAGUCCAUCCAGAGUCAACUUUUCCUUCUCAUAUAGCCUAGAUGAAGAUGCUUGCGAUCCGGCCCUGCUACCAGAGGUAGGAGUGCUUUGGAAUCCACAUUAAAUGUUUACGUUUCUGUAUAGUCUUGCCUGAU